AUGGCACCGUCGAAUCUUAACUACGGCUCCUCGCCGUUUCAUCAGUCGCUGGGUCUUUUUUGCCGCAGCCCCGAUGGUCGACUGCUGAAUGUGGAAGGCAAAAACGCUGAAGCAAUCACCAGUCAGUGGCCAACCAUCUUCGAACAGCUCAGAAUCAACAACACCACCUUCGAGACCCUGCCAUCAGGCCUGCUAGUUGAAACGACAAGUUUUGAUAUAGCAUCCCACCUGCUCGGUCACUCAUUCGAUGAUAGCCACACUAGAAUCCGUGUACGCGAGAUAUAUCGUGAGACAUAUAAAUGCUAUGUCGGCUAUAUUGCCAACCAAUCUCAGGAUAGCUACGACGAAGCCUUUCUGGGAUGGAUAGAGACCUUAUUCAUCUUGAAGACAACACUACAACCUCCUCUAAGCCAGGAGCUGCCAGCUCUCACACAUAGUGACUCGCUAUCCACAGUAGAGAGAAUCUGGCAAUGGAUUAAAACGCUCUUCCUACCAAGCACAUCCACGAAGAUGCAGCUGGACGAGAUAUCAAAAUCGUCACUUCAUCUUCAUGGUGAGCUGGUCACUGAGAAAAUCACAGUGCUCUUUGAGCAAAUGCUGCGAAAUACAUCGGCAAAUGACGAGUGGAACAGUUCCGGCCGCGAGUACUUCACUCGUCGAAUACGGGACUUCGUGAACCGGAAUGAGCGAUGCCAAAUGGUGCUCCCUGCUUUCCCAUGCAAGUCUCCAAAUGAUCAGAAAGUCGGCGGGUCCAAACCAGAUAUGGCAGAGCGCAUAGCUCUGGAAACCCUCUGGGCCUUUACCAAGCGCUUAGAAGAGAUAUAUCCCCCUGGAGCAACCGUCUGGAUCAUCCACGAUGGCCAUUUGCUGUCCAGCUGCAUUGGCGUUGAUGACGAUGCAAUAUCAGAAUAUGAAUCGAAUCUACAAGAGCUGUAUCGAUCCAUGUUCAACACCCCGGCGGACCGGCAAGCUGUCAGAUUUUGCCCACUAACUGAUCUCUUCGAUGACUCAGACAGCACGCAGACCUUUAGCCCCUCAUGGGUCGCGGACCCUGAGCUCGUGCAAGACCCCAUACAGACUAAGCUCUCUGACACAGCCGAAAUUGCUCGUAAACUGGUGAUGGCGAGUUGCGGCAUCAGUCGAGCACAUCUCAGGAAACUCAUACUAGCUCAAGAUCCUGAUAUACUCAGAUCAUAUCGCGGGCUAUCGCGCUUCAUGCUACAGGAUUUGGAGGGGCCUAUGUUUGCGGGCCAGUCGACCUCGCGGAAGAAGAAGACGGCUGCAGCCGUCGCAUCGGAAAUGAUGGUGCGCAACCAAGCCUAUUCAAAUCUUCUUGAGCUCUUAUACCCUAAUUAUGUCCGUCUCUCUAUCCAUGCUCAUAACAACCGGGGGCCUAAGUUUGGUAUUCGCCUGUUCCCCAGGGACAAGGUGCGCGCGAUUGACGACGUCGAUGGUCGUCACGAGCCAGUGCCGUUAUAUGAUUUCCAGAUCCCCACACCUUGGCACAAUAGCAUUGUGAAGGUGGAGGGGGAUGGACUUGCCUAUUUGACGAAGGCAUCAGUCGCGCGCCAAGCCGUCGCCAGCGGGAAAUAUACAGGGGGGUGGGUAGACAAUGAGGAUAAGGGUGGAUAUUUCCUCCUCCAGGAGUUGGUAAUGGGCAUCAAGAUUGAGCAAACAGUUCAAUGA